GGUUUACUGGAGCAGUGCUUUAAGAUUAUUUACACACUACUAUACCUUGCAGAAUGUUUCUGUUUUGUAUUUAAGAACAUUUCUGGGGGCCGGUGUUGGAGCACAGCUGGUUAAAACUCUUCCUGUGGCACUGGCAUCCCAUAGGAGCACUGGUUCCGGUCCCAGCUGCUCCACUUCCCAUCCAGCUCCCUGCUAAUGUGGGUGGGAAAGCAGCAGAAGAUGGCCCAAGUACUUUGGAAAUCUGGAUGGAAUUCCAGGCUCAUGGAUUCAGCCUGGCACAGCACCAGCCAUUGUGGCCAUCUGGGGAGUGAACUAACUGAUGGAAGAUCUCUCCUUCCCUGACUCUCAAUCUGACUGUAACUCUGCCAUUCAGAUAAAUAAAUAAAUCCCUUUUUUAAGGAAAGGAACAUUAUUGUAUUUUCUUUUGGGUUUUAGUACAGAAAUCAGGAGUGCAAUUUUACUAAUUACAGUUGAUAGUUGAUUUUGAAAUUUUAUUGUAAAUCUAAAGGUGAAAUAUAGUGAGAACUAAAAAACAUUUCUGAAGAAAAUUUUCUCAUUCAAAACAGAGUAUUGAAACUUUCACAGAAUGUUCCUAUUUUAUUUUUUUAAAAGACAGAAAUUUUUUUUUAAGAUUUAAUUAUUUAUUUGAAAAGCAGAAGCAGAUAGAAAUCUUCCAUCUGCUGGUUCACUCCCCAAAUGGCUGCUAUGGCUGGUGUCCUGCGCCGAUCCGAAGCCAGGAGCCAGGUGCUUCCUCCUGGUGUCCCAAGCAGGUUUAGGGGCCCAAGCACUUGGGCCAUCUUCCACUGCCUUCCCGGGCCACAGCAGAGAGCUGGGCUGGAAGAGGAGCAACUGGGGCUAGAACCAUAUUGGAUGCCGGCACCACAGGCAGAGUAUUAACCAAGUGAGUCACAGCACAGGCCCCAACCCAUAGAUUUUUAAAGAGUUUAUUACCUUGGGAGUUAUGUUCAGUGCAUUAGGAUCAUUUGAGAAUAUUUUGGUAUUUUGGAAUACUAAUGAGAUUCACUUCCGAGUAUAGGUGCUCAUCAGUAUUACUUUACAUUUAUAAAAAUGUGACUUGGCAGCUAUAAGAUCUGUGACAGAUCAAUCAGCCUGUUAAGUUGACUUUAUAUACAGGUGAGUUAUCUUCGGUCCUUCCUGAAACUACUCAGUUACAAUGUUAAGGUACAUGAGUAAAUAUAGCCCUCUAGUGGUUCUCUUCUAUGCUUACACCUGCAAUAAGCAUUUUUCUGAAAUUUUUUACUGAUUUUAUUGAGAAGAAUCAGAUUUUAAUGUUACAUGGUAUAAAGAAUACAGAAAAAGGCAUAGUAAUGAUACAUUAUCAUUUUAAUAAAGUGUUAACAUUGUACACCAUAUGACAGUCCAGAGUAUAAUUGCCUGGAACUUUACAAGAUGAAUGAGUCCAGACACUUGGCUGUUAAUGUAUCAUCAAAUAAUCACUCCUAUAUAUAUAUCAACAUGUGGGGUUAAUUGAGGUAAAUCUUAGAGACCUUGGUAUAUCCAUACUAUGAAAUGUGUAGCUAGUAAUAUUAUACUAAUAAGUAAGGUUUAUUGACCUGGAAUUCAUUAAGUGGAUUUAAGAGAAAAUAAGUUGCAUAGUAUCUCUCUCCUCUCUAUGUAUAUGCAUACAUAAUAUGUAUAUUUCAACCAUAUAUUGUUUAAUUGCAGGAAUGCACAUUUCUACAGACAUUUUUUUUUUUCUUCAAGAUUAAUUUUGGAGCCAGCAAUGUGGCAUAGCACGUAAAGCUACUGCUUGUAGUACCAGCAUCCCAUACAGGUGCCGGUUUGAGUUCCAGCUGGUCCACUUCUGAUUCAUCUCUGCUAUGGCCUGGGAAAGCAAUAGAAGAUAGCCUAAGUGCUUGGGUCCCUUCACCCACAUAGGAGACCCAGGAGAAGCUCCUGGCUCCUAGCUUCAGAUCAGCCCAGCUCCAGCCAUUGUGGCCAUUUGGGGAGCGAACCAGCAGAUGGAAGAUCUCUCCCUCUCUAACUCUGCCUUGCAAAAAAAAAAAAAACUUUUAAACUUGGGCCAUCUGCUGCAUUCCCAGGCACAUUAGCAGAGAGCUGGAUCAGAAGUAGAGCAGCUGAAACUGGAACCGAUGCUCAUAUGGGAUGCUGGCACUUCAGGCAGCAGCUUAACCCACUACACCACAAAGCCAGCCCCUUCAUGGACUUUUUGAAGACCACCCCAGCACAAUCUCAUUUUGUUUAGAAGAAGAAAGUAGGGAAAACAUCAUACACUCCUAUGAAUAUAUAAGCAAAGAAAAGUGUAAAUAAAAGAUUCACACCAAGCAAUACUGACAUCUUUAGGGAAGUGAUAUUUGAAGUACAGGGCAAUAUUGCUUCAUUCAGGGUAGGCAUUUAGCUUAGCAGGUAAAGCUGGGGGUUAACACCUGGCUCUGGCUUCCAGAGGGAAGCAGUCAUGGCUCAAUUAGUUGGGCUCCCACCACUACGAGGGAAACCUGAAUUGCACCCCAGGCUUUGGCCUGGCCUGGCUCUGGGCCACUGGCAGGCUUUGAGAAAUGAACCAGCAAGUAAGAGCUCACUCUGUCUCUCAAAUUUAUCUUUUUAAAGAGAUUAUUUCUUUCUCUAAUUAUUUAAGAUGUUAUGGAAAAAAAGAAACUGAAAUGGAAAAACUCAAAGGGUCAGUAGAAAUCAAAGGCCUUAAUCUAUUUCGUAGGAGUAAGGCUGGUCCUUGAUUUCAGAAGCGAUUUCCAGCAGAAAACAGUUAUUUGCCGCACUGAUCUGAGUUUGCUUAUUGCUUAAAUGGUAUAUGUGUGCUUGCUAAUCUUCUUAUCUAAAGACUAAUGCCCAAAUUGGUAAAAAUGUGUGGAAUUUGGUGUUUCUUUCUUUGUUGUGCCAAUAAGCUUUCCCCUUGUUCUGGGAAUUAAAAUCCUUUCCUCUUUUGUCCAGUUAAAUUUGUUAAGGGAAAGCCUCUAUGAAAUGGCCUUUCUUGGAGUUUUCUAAGUCGAAACAGUUGGUCCUGAAAAAUCACUCUGCAGCAUUUCAUAAGAUCAUUCGUAAUUAUUGAAGGCUUCUUAUGAAGACUGCGUCAGUGUCUUCAUUACGAAAUGCUAAGGAAUAACUUAAGCAACAGUUCAGACUUUAAACAUGAAGAUGGCUCUGUCUUUUCCCAGACUGAACACAAUAUUGUGGCAACUUACUUGAUUCUGGCAGGUAUGAUAAGUAUUCUCAGCAACCUAAUAGUUCUAGGCAUCUUCAUUAAGUACAAGGAACUCCGAACACCCACGAAUGCAAUUAUUAUUAAUCUGGCUUUUACGGACAUAGGUGUCAGCAGCAUUGGCUAUCCCAUGUCUGCUGCUUCAGAUCUGCAUGGAAGUUGGAAGUUUGGAUAUGCAGGCUGUCAGAUUUAUGCUGGAUUGAAUAUUUUUUUUGGAAUGGCAAGUAUUGGGUUACUCACAGUCGUGGCCAUGGAUCGAUACUUGACCAUCUGUCAUCCUGACGUAGGGAGAAGAAUGACCACUCGCACCUACCUUGGCUUGAUUCUGGGAGCCUGGGUCAACGGCCUGUUUUGGGCUUUGAUGCCCAUCGCAGGGUGGGCUAGUUAUGCCCCAGAUCCUACUGGGGCCACCUGUACCAUCAAUUGGCGGAAAAAUGACACAUCUUUUGUAUCUUUCACAAUGGCAGUUAUUGCAAUAAAUUUUGUCGUGCCCUUGACAGUGAUGUUUUACUGCUAUUACCACGUCACUCAGUCCAUUAAACAACAUAGGGCCAGUGACUGCACUGAGUACCUCAACAGAGACUGGUCAGACCAGGUAGAUGUAACAAAGAUGUCUGUGAUAAUGAUCUUCAUGUUUUUGGUGGCAUGGUCUCCUUAUUCCAUCGUGUGCUUAUGGGCUUCAUUUGGUGAUCCAAAGAAGAUUCCUCCCGCAAUGGCCAUCAUAGCACCACUGUUUGCAAAAUCUUCUACAUUCUACAAUCCCUGUAUUUAUGUGGCUGCUAAUAAAAGGUUUCGGAGGGCAAUGUUUGCCAUGUUCAAAUGUCAGACUCACCAAGCAAUGCCUGUGACAAGUGUUUUGCCAAUGGAUGUGUCUCAAAACCCAUUGCCUUCUGGAAUAAUCUGAAAUGAGAGAAAAACAGAAUCAAAACAUUUUUUGUAAUACUUUAAUUUUGUUUUAAAUAUGAGCUAAUUUAGAUCAAAUGCAGACAUACGUUAUUUCUUACUGGACUCCUAGUUCUUCAGAUGUAGCUUAUCGUUCUUCUACUAGCAUACUGACUGCUGUAGUGCAUGUUUCUCUGUUUCUUUGUAUGUAAAUUUAUUGCUUGACUCUUUUAAUGAAUUCAGAAACGUGAGAUUCGAGUCUUCUUUCUUUGUCCCUAUCAGGGCAUACAUUACACUGUGUUGAUGAUCUAUAAUUUUCUGGGAUCCUUCAUUAGACUAGACAUGGCCACUAUUUUAAUGGUGGAAUAAAUUAAUAAUAAUAAUAAUUAAUUAUAUUCAAUAAAUAAUUAAUUAAAUGAGUUGUUAGAUGCUCCCAGCUAGAAAACAUUUUUAGCCUUUCAAAACUUUUAUAUUUUAUAGCAAUUAACUUAUGUUUUAUUUAACAAAAAUGAUUGAAUAACACUAAAUACUACCACUUCUAAAUCACAUCAGUCAUUACAAUAUAUAUUUUACAUAGCAAUAUAAUCUCUGUACAAUUUGUUAUGUUUUCUGAAAUCUUAACUAUUAUUUUUCUGUAUGUGUAUUUCUCAUAUUUACUACUAAAAUUAAAUUCAAUCAGAGCAGGGAUUUUUAUAUCUUUGUUCUUUGAUAUACCCUUGGCAUAUGGACCCAUUUUUUCCAACACAUAGUAGACACUCAAUGAAUAUUUGUUGAACAUUGUGUAUUUGUCAUUUUAAAUAACCAUUUAGAAUUAUAUAUGAUUAUUUGAAUAGUGGACGUUUAAGUUCUUUCUAAUGUUUGGUUUCAUGGAGGAAACACCGGUAAUAGUUAGGCACAAAUAUCCUUUUUCUUUGGGGUUAUUCUUUUUUUCCUUUUUUCUUUUUAAAAAUUAUUUAUUUGAGAGAGAGGGAGAGCCAGAGAAAG